GAGCAAUUACGUUAGGACUAACUCUCUCUCUCUCUGCGCACCUACGGCUACCAGAUGGAGAUACGCAGCCAUAAUUAAUUAAAAUUAUUGAUUAAUGACUAUAAAUAUUUUACUAGCUUCAAAAUGCUGCUUCUCAAAGUAUACGGCAUACUUUUGAUGACGUUUGGGGUCUUAACACGCCCAUAUUUUAAAAAUAAUUCAAACAUUUCUUCAACGGCUUCUCAUGGUUCAGUUGAAACAACCUUCCAACCAAGGCCACUUCCUCAUCCUGCAGGUAACGAAGCAGUUCUUCAAGGAGUAACUGGUGACGGGAGACAACCCACAACGACAGUAAUUGAACAAAAUCAUAGUCAUGCGAGUGCAACAGCCAGUUCUCCGAGCGAAGAAUCGAGAACAACGAGUACAAUAACCAGUUCUCCGAGCGAAGAAUCGAGAAUAACGAGUGCAACAGCCAGUUCUCCGAGCGAAGAAUCGAGAACGAGUACAAUAGCCAGUUCUCCGAGCGAAGAAUCGAGAACAACGAGUACAACAGCCAGUUCUUCGAGCGAAAAAUCGAGAGCAACGAGAACAACAGCUAGCUCUUCGAGCGGAGAAUCAAGAACAACGAGCUCAACAGCUAGUUCUUCGAGUGAAGAAUCUAGAAUAUUGAAUGCAAAAGCUAGUUUUUCGAGCAAAGAAUCGAGAGCUUCAAAUAUAACCCUCAAUUCCACGAGCGAUAAAAUAAGUAGCUUGAAUAUAACAAUCUCUCCUCUGAAGUAUGAGGUACGGCCUCGGAACUCAAUAGCCCCUUCAGUGACAGAUGGCUCCAUGCCUUCCAAUAAAACGGUUACUUCUUCAAGCUCUGCUGGUAAUCAAUCAAGCUCAAUUUCUUUGUAUUCGAAUGGUGUCUUCGGUGUAAUCCAAAGUACAUCGAGAAAUCCAGCUGCGUUGUUGAGAGGAAUUAUAAAUUCAUCGAGAAAUAUAACUAAAAUGCCAUAUGUUAACCAGAUUCCCGCAAACAGCUCAUUUAAUCCGCCAAUCCAAAGUUUCCGCUAUCCUGAUUCUCAUACGUCAUUCAAAAAUGAAGAAGGCUCGGAAAGCGUACGAGCUCAUGCCAUCUUGCACAACCGAGAUGGAAAUAAUACAAGGAGUUCUCCCUAUAGGACGGUUCCUUGGUCAAUUAGGCCGGUAUAUUCUUUUCCUAAGGGAGUGGAUAAUGUUAUGGAUAAUCGACCUGACAAUUCAGCCGGAUUCAGAAAUUCAUAUAUUUCUAGGGUUCCAUCAAGUGAGGAUAAGGGCCAGCCUCACAGAUCACCGCCAAGCAAUCUUGAGACCAGCGGAAACCCGUCUAGUGUACCAACAUCCUUUGAAGACAAAACAAUGACUUCACCCAACGACGUUGAACCAAAAUAUCAUCAUAGAAAUCAUCCUAAUAUUCCUACCGUUUUUAACACUAUGGAAGCCAUUACUGAGCCUGUGACUACGUUAUUUUAUCCUAUUGCAGGCACUGUCGUCAGUGACGCUAUGAAUAUGGUUACCCCGGAUGAUGUAGCAUUGCCAAUAAUAACCUUGCCCUCAUUUGACUUAAUGGGCAUACAUGACGUGCUACCCGAUCUCGAUAAUGAUCCACCUGAUUAUGUAGAUCAUCAAGCAAACAGAAAUUUUUCCUACUCAUUGCGAGAUUUGAACGAAACGAACAUCGGAGAUACACCAGAAGUAACUGACGGCAAGCCUACGAGCUCAACGGAAGCUACGAUUUUCACUUCAAAACCUCAGCGGAACGCGACACGAAUCGAUAAUAUGUUUUUAACUCCCAUAGGUCCCAUGACCAAAGAAAAAACAAAUAUGAUGCUCUAUCUCUUGCUUAUUGUUUGUGGAAUUUUAAUAGUAGGCUUGAUUGUAGUUUUAGUUUCGUGGUGCAGAGCAAGAAUAGAGGUGCGUAGACUGGACAUGGAGAUGCGGAGAGCGUGUUUACAAGGUCUCGAUCACAGAUACGUGGCAAGAGACUAGGGCUAGAAUAAGCUGUUAUUUGUUUUGCUAUCAUUAUAUAGUUGUUAAUUUUAUGUCAAUAAUGUGGAUCAAUGACCCUGUUAUUAAUGAUAUGAGGUGUCUCAGAAGUGAAGGAAUAUAUUUUUUUAAUUUCAGUUAUAUAUUUCUAAGAAUAUCGCGAAAUUCAUAUUAAAUACUGUAAUGCCCCGUAUGAGGUUCAAAUAUAAUGUUUUGCAUAAAAAAUUAAAAAUUAUAAGAACUCUAUAAUUGUAAUUUUUCUCUAUUGCGGAUUAUCCAUCAAUACGGCUAAUUCGAUUUCUUUCUCUAUUUUCCUGAAAAAAAUGAAUACGGAAAAACAUAAAACGCAGUACAUUAGCGAUGGCUUCCUUUAGUAUGGAAUAAGUUAGGAUCAAUGUAGGAGUCCGGUUUAAUCGAAUACAGUUGUGAAGAUGUAUAUAAAUUUGCAUUAUGGAUACUUCUACCUUUUGAGAUGUAAAUUUCCUCAUUUUUCUGAUUUGUUAUUUGCUUACUGCUAAUCGCUUGAUUGUUAUUUGUAACAUUUGUAAAUUGUUUCCAAGUACUAUUAACCAAUCCGUCGAUCAGUUCUAGCACCAUCCAGUUACAUACGGAGGUAUAAAAUAGAAAAGAAUAGAAGUGUCGGCGCUGAAGAAAUAGGCC